AUGAUAAGCCUGCCUACAAGAAGACUACUGCGGGAUUGGAAAAACCUAUCUCGGUACAAUACACAAUACUCCGAAAGAGCCAAUGUCCUGUAUCAUUUGAAGCCUCAGGAUUCCAAUUUACACGUAUGGCAUUUAGUGCUAUAUGAUCCGGGCACUUCGGUUGAGAUUUAUGGCAAACUUUUCAUUGGAACCGAGGACGAGCCGGCUAUUAUCCUCAGAUGCUUGACACCUAAUGAAGUAUACCCAACUAAUAGAAGCGUUUCACUGACGCAUUUGAACUGCAUCUUACUAGACCGCGGACUUGUUCCCUUCCUACAGCAGGUAUGGGGUCUUUUCUUCGCGAAGGAUAGGGGCGACUCGGAUAUGACGGAUUAUGAUAGAUCAAGGCUAACGUUUGCUUGGAAUAGGAUUAUAAACCGAGAUUUUAAACGGUUCUUCCCGGAACUGGUGGGGAAUUUAGCUCCGGGAGACUAUCAGAUGGUCAAGGCGCAUUAUCAGAGCAGCAGUGGCACCCAUUUCGGUGAACCGAGCGCUCAUGAGAACCAGGUGUCACACGCCUGCACCACGAACAGUCUUAUUGCAUGCGACGGUGGCUAUCACGCCGGGAAUCCCCUGCUGAAGAGAACGUCUGAUGCGGGCACAAGCGAGAUGGAGCACACUGAACAUAGAAGGAAAAGGGCGAGGAAAUGA